AUGAUACUAUUUUAUAGUUCUAUAUUAUCACCAUUAUCUCAUUUAUUCUUAAUUGCAGUUCUUAUCCCAUCAGAUAAGGAAAGUCAAGAGCUAAACCUUGCUUUGCAUACUAAAUUGACAAUUGGACGUACCGUUUCCUCUGUCUAUAAUUUAAGAGAUUUAGAUGGAAGUGAAGGUAUUUUUUUCGUAUUUCCAGAUAUUUCUGUUCGGAUAGAAGGAAACUAUCGUCUACAAAUGUGUUUGUUUAAAAUUCAAGGGCAUUCUGUUAAUUAUAUUACAUCAGUAUUGACUAAGCAGUUUACUGUCUACAAUGCCAAGAAUUUUCCUGGAAUGCAUCCUUCUUGUUCCUUAAUCAAAAGCUUUGCUGCACAGGGAUUAAAGAUCAGAAUUAGAACGGAAUCAGGUCCACGAUUAUCGAGACGAACCAAUAAAAAGUCAACGAGGAAAAAUACUAUUCAGAAAAAAGCAGGACAAAUAGAUAAUACAUCAAAUGAAACAAGUGAUAAUCAUAACUCUGUCAUAUCAGUGAAUUCAUUACUGCUAAUGGACGAUAAAGAGGGUUCUAAGAGUAUUAUUAAAGAGUCAUCAGAAAAAGAAGUGAUAGAUAAUGGCAAUAUAGUAUUUUCAAAGGAUAAUAAGCAAAAAUCACAAAUAAGUUUUAAAAGUAGUUGUUACAAUCCUGUAGUUGAUAUGAAUGAAGCUAAAAAGAAAGGUAAUCAUCAUUAUUUAGGUUAG